UUGCAGCAGCAAAUCGAAGAGCUCCCUGCGUGAUUGGCUUCAAAGUGGCUGGUGCCAAACAACUAGCAGAGGUGCCAAAGUAGAAGCCCUGCCUUUGGAGCCCAGAUCAAGAGAGGCCGCCCGGAGGAGGAGAGCUGGGAGCGCCCAGACUGCUGGGCGCACCUCUCCUGCAUGGAGCAUCCUGUCGCUGGAGCGCUGUGGCGUUCGGCUCCCAUCGCAGCCUCUCAGCCCAGCUGGAAACAGUAACAGGGAAUAAUUAGAGGAAGAAGGAGCGGGGGGAGCGUGUGAGUUCUCAGUCUUAAAAAGUGGACCGGCUCCCUGACUUGCAGAAGCAGAAGCGUUUAGUAGCAGCAGCGGCAAGAGCAGGAAAGGUGAAACUGUUUAAGAGAGGAUUCCUGCCCUGCUCUGCCUACCCAGGCGCAGCCAUGGCAUCAGUGUUGGGGACCAGCAGAGGGUCCGGAGUGCUGAACAGUCAACUUAAAUGCAAGUCCAAGAGGAGGAGGAGGAGGAGGUCCAAGAGGAAAGACAAAGUAAGCAUGUUGUCAGCCUUCAUCGCUCCCUUCAAGCACUUAAGCCCCGGGGCCACAAACACCGAGGAUGAAGACACUCUCAGUACCAGCAGCGCAGACGUGAAGGAAAACCGCAACGUGAGCAACCUGGAGGCGGGGCCGCUGCCCCAGGGCGACAGGGUCCGCAGCGGGCCGCCAGGCGUGAAGAGGAAAAGGCCCCUGGAGGAGGGCAACGGCAGCCACCUCUGCAAACUGCAGCUGAUCUGGAAGAAGCUGUCGUGGUCGGUGACGCCCAAGAACGCGCUGGUCCAGCUGCACGAGCUGCGGCCGGGCCUGCAGUACCGGAUGGUGUCCCAGACCGGCCCGGUGCACGCGCCCGUCUUCGCCGUGGCCGUGGAGGUGAACGGGCUCACGUUCGAGGGCACGGGGCCCACCAAGAAGAAGGCCAAGAUGCGCGCGGCCGAGCUGGCCCUGCGGUCCUUCGUGCAGUUCCCCAAUGCCUGCCAGGCCCACCUGGCCAUGGGCGGCGGCGCCGGGCCCUGCACGGACUUCACCUCCGACCAGGCCGACUUCCCCGACACGCUCUUCAAGGAGUUCGAGCCGGCGGCGCCCCGCGAGGGCUGCCCGGGCCGCCGCGCCGCCGACGCCGAGCUGCUGCCCGCGGCCUGCCGGCGGGGGCGGCUGCUGUGCCGCACGCUGGACCUGGCGCGCCCGGGCGAGAGCAACCCGGUGGUGCUGCUGAACGAGCUGCGCGCCGGCCUGCACUACGUGUGCCUCGCCGAGCCGGCCGAGCGGCAGCGCGCCAAGCGCUUCGUGAUGGCCGUGCGCGUGGACGGGAGGACGUUCGAAGGCUCGGGUCGCAGCAAGAAGCUGGCCAAGGGACAGGCGGCGCAGGCGGCGCUCCAGGCCCUCUUCGACAUCCGGCUGCCCGGCCACGUCCCCAGCAGGAGCGGGAGCCGCCUCCUGCUGCAGGAAUUCGCCGACUCCGUGUCCCAGCUGGUCACGCAGAAGUUCCGCGAGCUGACGGCGGGCCUGACGUCUGUGCACGCCCGCCACAAAGCGCUGGCAGGAAUCGUCAUGACCAAAGGCCUGGAUGCGAGGCAAGCGCAGGUCGUCGUCCUGUCCUCGGGCACCAAGUGCAUCAGCGGCGAGUACAUCAAUGACCAGGGGCUGGUGGUCAAUGACUGCCACGCGGAGGUCGUGGCCCGGAGAGCGCUUGUCCACUUCCUGUACGCGCAGCUGGAGCUGCACCUGAGCAAGCGCCGCGAGGACUGGGAGCGCUCCGUCUUCGUGCGGGCCAAGGAGGGCGGCUACCGGCUGAGGGACAACGUGCUGUUUCACCUCUACGUGAGCACGUCGCCCUGCGGGGACGCGCGGCUCAACUCGCCCUACGAGAUCACCACCGACAAGCUCAGCAGCAGCAAACACAUCGUCAGGAAGUUCCGCGGGCACCUGCGCACCAAGAUUGAGUCUGGGGAAGGGACCGUACCCGUCCGCGGCCCCAGCUCGGUACAGACGUGGGAUGGCGUCCUACUGGGCGAGCAGCUCGUCACCAUGUCCUGCACGGACAAGAUCGCCAGGUGGAACGUGCUGGGGCUGCAGGGCGCCCUCCUCUGCCACUUCAUCGAACCCGUGUACCUGCACAGUCUCAUCGUGGGCAGCCUGCACCACACCGGCCACCUCUCCCGGGUGAUGAGCCUCAGGACCGAGGACAUCGGCCAGCUGCCAGCCUCGUACCGGCACAACCGGCCACUCCUCAGUGGCGUGAGUGACGCUGAGGCGCGCCGGCCGGGAAAGUCACCCCACUUCAGCGUCAACUGGGUCCUGGGCAAUUCGGACGUGGAGAUCAUCGACGCCACCACCGGGAAGCGGAGCUGUGGGGGCUCGUCCAGGCUCUGCAAGCACACGUUCUCCACCCGGUGGGCGCGGCUUUACGGGAAGCUGAGCACGCGGGUACCAAGCCACGGAGACACGCCGUCCAUGUACUGUGAGGCCAAGCUGGCGGCCCGCACCUACCAGUCCGUGAAACAGCAGCUGUUCCGAGCUUUCCAGAAGGCGGGUCUGGGCACCUGGGUGAGGAAGCCGCCUGAGCAAGACCAGUUUCUACUGACUCUAUGAGGCGCUCCCGCUGUGCCAUCCGACGCGAGUGAGACGGCUGGAGGAGGCGAGGCUGUGCGUGCGUGCGUGAGGAUAGAGGGUGCUGAUCGGUUCUGUGCGUCCGUUUCCCGCAGUGUUCCAGAAGUGCUCGAGUGUACACUGUCUGGAGGAGGAACUCGACUGACCUUAGGGAUGGCUGCUUCUCAGACGGCUGCUCCCAGGUUGCUAGAACCAGGAGCGCCCCCCACACCCAAAGGCACAAGGGCAGCUGACUGUCUCCUUUUGGUGGGUCCAGGGGAAGUUCCGUGCAGGCAGAGGGUCUGAGCUGCAGCCUUGAAAGGUGGUACCGAGGUAUUGCCAGUCAGAAUAAACCUCAGGCCCCAAUCCCUACGCUUCCCUCCCCGACGCACCUCUCGAGCAAUGCGUCUGGUUCUCACUAGCACAAGCUUAUGCGACACUUCAGGACGACACAGGUGAAGAGAAAAGCCAUGGGCUCCUCCCCAAAGAAGCCAGUCAGAAUGCUCUGCCAUUUUCAUUUAAGCAUUUUACUCCUCCUCCUUUCGAAAAGGAUUUGAGACAUGCGAUAGUAAAGAGCCCCUGAAGCAGCAAGAGAAAUGAAGACCAUUCUUGGAGAGAAGAGGAAACAUUCAAGGCGCUCGUGAGCUGAGAUCUACGACGUGAAGAAAGUGUCUCUGGACUUCGUUUCAGCUGAGGGUCGCACACGUCCCGUGCCCAUCAGUCAGUCACAGCUCAGUCUCCUUGGCAGACAGAGGAGCCACGGAAGAAGUCUGACUGCAUAAAGGUCAGCAACCACCCACAACCUCCCCACCAGGGAACAAGGAAACUGAGUCCCAGACCAGCUCCUGACUGUUUAACUGCAUAGAAAGCAAGCACAAAAAACACCCACAAGACACUUUACUUCGGGCUUGAGGAGCUACUAGCUCUCUGUUCCUUUAGGUCCCCGAUCACCAUCUUGAAGGACAAAAAAAGGAAAAAAAUCACUUAAACCGGCUGCAAAAAUGCAGGAUUCUGUGGCCUUUAAAGCAGCCAUCAGACACCCGGAAUCCUCCAGCACGAAGGUGGACUCAGGACCACUUGGGAGCGAGCCCCUGCACCGGGCCCACGAGGCAGGUGCAGGACCAUAGGCCCUAUUCAUGCAAGAAGGAGGCAUGUCUCCAACACACCUGUCCAUCCAGGAACCUUGAAUUGCUUUACUUUUAUCACUGAGAACUCAUUUCCAACAUCCCUCACGCUAGUUAACAGGUGUCUAAUUUCUCCAGUAGGAAGACCCAUCUCUGAGAUUCAUUGUGCUAAACAGCAAAGCUCAGUAGUAUAGCCAGCUCUGCAGUACGGGCUGCCUGGUUAGAGUUCCAGGUGACCGCCCACGGGGGGACAUCCUGAUGAGGCACAGGCUUGCCACUUAACCCAGGAAAUGCGAGCAUAACAUCACACUGUAUAUACUCAAGCACAAAUUACAGCUAUGACAAUGAGGCAAACACGAAACAAACCGAGUUGUAGAUAUUUGUUACAAAAUAACAAGUAGAGACGUUAGUAUGGAAAUAGAAACUCUUCCUGGGAUUUAACUCAAGGUCAAAUCGCUCACUUCUUCUUUUAGAAAAGAAAAUGGACACUGGAGUAGAUGACUUCUCAAAAGUUUCAAAAGACAUGAAAAUGCUUUUGCGAAUAGAUAACUCACAUUGAUCUUUCACAAAAAUUGAGGAGAGAAAAUGAAAUCUUAACAGUACAAAAGCUAUGCU